AUGAUCCCCCCUUUUUUUCUCGAUAAUUAUUUCGGACAUCUUUUGUUUAUUUGUCUUAAAAGCAUUGGUUUUAUUGGUGAUUGGGUAGACCGAUUUGUUUUUGAUGCUGUAACGUCCAUGAAGAAUGUAGCACUCACCAGCAUUAUCUUAGUUUAUCAUGCUAUAACUUGUGACGUUUUCGCGAAUAAUUAUGUUCUGCUUUCUAGUUUCGAUAAGCUGUGCAAGGAACGGAAUGACAAAGGAUUUGUCGCUAAUUAUGUAGUGGAUGAUAUUACAAUCCGUGAACAGUUAGUGUUAUCGUGGCCUGGGGAUUUAAAUACGUCUUCGUUUUAUAAUCCUCCAAGGAAUCCGAAAUUUGCAUUGUGUCCUGGAUUAGUCAUUCAUCCUUCUGGUCGUUUUGUAAAAAGAUCAUUUCCAGAAGGUCUAGCUCUCUUUUGGCUAUUAAGAGCUAAUAUCCACUUUACUUGUCCUAAAAAUGCCCAUUUGUCUGAAUCCUUUUAUCUUCAAUUGGAACAAUGGAUUGAAUCGUUGGAGUGGAACACAAAACACCGGCGACAAGAUGCCUUAAAGGAUCAAGAUGGUGAUAAUAUAGAUUCAACUAGUAUCGGAGAAGCACCUGAUGAAAUCUUACUGAUCAACUGCUCGAGUUCUUACAUUGGUCAGUCUAACCAUUGGAGUUUAUCUGGAUAUUUACGAAGGAUUCGCAUUACUUGGAAGCUGAGAAAUGAAACAGAAGUUACAGAUCUUACGACAAUUACAAAUACAUCACUGUCGAGUACUUCUUCCUCUUCUGUUAUAUUUUCGAAUACAAGUUUCAGUGACUCUUCAUUGUCAUCAACAUCCCACAUAAACAACCUGAAUAAUCAACAUUUUCUUUCCAGAUCAGGCAUUAAAUUUCUUGUGCGUAUCUCUUCACAUAUGCUGUUUGUAGGAAAUUUCUCUAUGGAACGCCAGAAAGCAUUAUGUGAAUUUUUCUCUGGAUUUUGGUGUCUUCAAUCUUUAUCUACUUCUAAUACUACGUCAACUAAUCAUCAUCACCAGGACAACCAAAGUAGUCUUAUAUCAUCGUCUACGUCAAUGUCGUCCUCACCACUAACACCAUUACCGAAUCAAUCUAAUAUCUUAUCAAGUAAACAUCCUAUUUGUGUUCAAGCUACAAUGCUGUGUGAUAGCCUUCCAGAUUGUGAUUUGAGAGUGCCUAUGAAUGAAGUUAAUUUAUCACAGGAUGAAGCAAAUUGUAAUAUGAUCCCAUCAAAUUAUUCCCUGAAAACAUCUAAAUUAUCUAAAGACGAUCAUUGGAUGUCUAAAUUACCAUGGAUAGUUCUUGCACCGGUACCUGCUAUAUUAAUCUGUGCUCUAAUACGUAUCUGUUCACAGAAACGUCAAUUAGACAUGAUUGAAGAUAAUAAUAAUAAUAAUCAUUAUAAUUUUAAUAUAAAUAAUCUUAAUGAAUGUUCAACAGUAAUAUCCAGUUCCACAACAACAACUACAAAUCAUUGUGAUAAAUGUUUACAUAUGCAAUACAAAAAAUUACCUAGUAAUUAUUUUAUAAUUAAACGUAAAUUACACAAUUAUCGAGGAAGUAUACCGGGACUAUUGAAUCGAAUAAAUAAAUUAUCUAGUGUUACUGAAGUUGAUGAUGAAAUUGAUCCCAGUAUAGAUCAACAAGUGAAUAUAUUGAAAAUGAAACCAUUGAAUAACACUAGUACUACUACUACUAAUAAUAAUAAUGUUAAAACAAAAUUGGCAAAUAAUUCAAAUCAUUGUGAUAAUUCAUUACAACAUUGUUAUUCCUUACCUGAAUUUACUAUAAAACAUGAUGAUAACGAUGACGAUGAUGAUACUGAUGGUGAUGAUAAAUUCAAUAGUGAUUUGAUGUGUUAUAGUGUUAACAAUGUGAUUAUUUCCAAUCGAAAUUUUCAUGCAAUCAGUACUUGUUCAAGUCGUGAAGCAAGUUUCGAUGAUGAUGAUGAUAAUGAUGACAAGCUUAAUAUCAAUCAACAUCUUAUUACACAUUAUCAAUCGAUAGAAACAUUUAAUAAAAGUAAAAGUUGUGAUAGUCUACAUGAAAUAAGUACAAAAAAUGAAAGAAUGAAUUAUUUAUCGAUUUCUCCUUGUUCUUCCACUUCAUCAUCAAUAGAUCGUAAUAAUGAUGAGAAUAAAAGGAAUCAUGUAAUUUUAUCUGAUUCCCCCAGUGACAACAAUAGUCAAUUCAUCAUACAAAAAUUUCCUAAAACAAUCAUAAUAUCCAAUCAAUAUUCUAAUAAUAAUGAAUCAUUAUCACAUUUCAAAUUGAAUAUGAGCGCUCAAUAUAAUAAUCAAUAUCAUGAUGAUGAUGGUGGUGGUGGUGGUGCUGUAAUAGAAUAUGAUUAUUAUAAUCAAUAUCAAGCAAGAAAUCAUUCAUUAUCUGAUUCAACAAUAUGUAAUUCUCAACAGAAAUUCAAUGAUUCACCAUUGAAUUAUACUUCAUCUUUGAAUACAUUUGAUGAAAUACCAAGAAAACUUUCAACAUUGACAAAAUGUAUAAAGCAUAUUCAUCAAUUCAUGAAUUCUUCAUAUACACUUGGUAAUUAUUUAAAAAAUAAAUAUGUAUAUAAUAGUCAAACAAAAUUAUUAAUGAUGGAAUCGAAGUAUAAUAUAUAUCAUAAUAGAAAUGAUUGAUUUCCUAUAGCUAAUAUUCAACUCCCAUCUUUUAUGUCGAUAAAUGAAAAAAUACACUUCGAAACCAAACUUAUCUGCAUUUUUGUACUUAUUUUCGUGAUGUUUUGAGAAUCCUACUUUUUCUCAUUAACAACUACUGCUGAUGGGUAUAAUUAUUUCAUUGUUUUACCCUUUUUUUCGAUUAUACUCUUCAAUCUCACAGUAUUUUUACUUUAUAAAACUGAUUAUUUAACAAAUUUUGUUUGUUUUUUUCUUCCAAUCUUUAUUUCAAACAUUUCUAGACUCUGUUUUAUAUUAGACCUUAUGAUCAAAUUAAAUAUAAAAUUGCAUUUAGUUCUAUUCUCAUCAUCUACACAAUUCUUCUCAAUGUAUUUUUUUCAAGUUUCUAUUGUUGUUGUCGUUGUUUUUGUUUCUUUUCUUUUUCUGUAUUUUUGUUUACAUGUUUAUCCUGAAUCAUUCAUAUUUUACUGAUUUUCUACUUUUAUACAUAGAGAUACAUACAUAAUAUAUAUGCACAUACAGACACACACACACACAUACAACAUGGUUCUUUUCUCUAAUUUUGUUAUUGUAUUAUAUGAUUGAUUUCACUGAUAUCGUUAAGUGUAUAUUCUCUUGUUACUAGUUAAUAAAUAUGUUCUGUUGUUGUUUUUUUUGCUUUGAAAUGUUCCACACACAAAAAAUAUUUUGCAUGAUUAACAUUCAGUAUUAUUUUGUCUAUGAAAUUGGUUUUAGAAACAAACAAAACAAUGUGUGUAUCUUAUAUUUUAUUUACUCCCCUAUAUACAUACAAAUUCUAAUCGA